AUGUACAGCCAAGUUGAGCAUCCAGCUGGAGGAUACAAGAAGCUCUUUGAGACAGUGGAGGAGCUGUCCUCUCCUGUCACUGCCCAUGUCACAGGCAGGAUUCCCACCUGGCUACGAGGAAGCCUCCUAAGAUGUGGUCCUGGUUUGUUUGAGGUGGGUUCAGAGCCCUUCUAUCACCUCUUUGAUGGCCAAGCACUUCUCCACAAGUUUGACUUCAAGGAGGGGCACGUUACCUAUCACCGAAGGUUUGUCAGGACUGAUGCUUACGUGAGGAACAUGACAGAGAAGAGGAUUGUGAUAACAGAAUUUGGCACCUACGCCUACCCAGACCCAUGCAAGAACAUCUUUUCCAGGUUUUUCUCAUACUUCAAAGGUGUGGAGGUCACUGAUAAUGCCCUUGUCAAUGUCUACCCCGUGGGUGAAGAUUACUAUGCCUGUACUGAGACCAACUUCAUCACCAAAAUUAACCCAGAAACACUAGAGACAAUUAAGCAGGUGGAUCUCUGUAAAUAUGUGUCUGUCAAUGGGGCAACAGCUCAUCCCCACAUUGAAAACGAUGGGACAGUUUACAACAUUGGCAAUUGCUUUGGGAAAAAUUUUUCUCUUGCCUAUAACAUCAUCCGGAUUCCUCCACUUCAGGCAGACAAGGAUGACCCAAUCAACAAGUCGGAGGUGGUGGUGCAGUUCCCCUGCAGUGACAGGUUCAAGCCCUCCUACGUUCACAGCUUUGGGCUGACAGCAAACUACAUCGUGUUUGUUGAGCAGCCAGUGAAAAUCAACCUCCUCAAGUUCCUCUCCUCCUGGAGCCUGUGGGGAGCCAACUACAUGGACUGCUUCGAGUCCAACGAAACCAUGGGGGUCUGGCUUCACGUGGCAGAGAAGAAGAAAGGAAGGCUCCUCAACAUCAAGUACCGCACCUCGGCCUUCAACCUCUUCCAUCACAUCAACACCUAUGAAGACAAUGGAUUUCUGAUUGUUGAUCUCUGCACCUGGAAGGGGUUUGAGUUUGUUUACAAUUACCUCUACUUAGCCAACCUGAGAGCAAACUGGGAUGAAGUGAAGCGCCAGGCAGAGAAAGCCCCACAGCCCGAAGCCCGCAGAUACGUCCUGCCCCUCAACAUUGACAAGGCUGACACAGGUAAGAACUUGGUCACCCUGCCCUACACGACAGCCACAGCAACGCUGCGCAGCGAUGAGACCAUCUGGCUGGAGCCAGAGGUCAUCUUCUCAGGGCCACGCCAUGCAUUUGAAUUUCCACAAAUCAACUACAAGAAAUACUGUGGGAAACCUUACACCUACACCUACGGGCUGGGGCUGAAUCACUUUGUCCCAGACAGGCUUUGCAAGCUGAAUGUCAAAACAAAGGAGACCUGGGUAUGGCAGGAGCCAGAUUCAUAUCCAUCAGAGCCCAUCUUUGUUUCCCAUCCAGAUGCCCUGGAGGAAGAUGAUGGGGUUGUGCUGAGCAUCGUGAUCAGCCCGGGGGCGGGGCCCAAGCCCGCCUACCUCCUGAUCCUCAAUGCCAAAGACAUGAGCGAGGUGGCCAGGGCUGAGGUGGAGAUGAUCAUCCCUGUGACCUUCCACGGGCUCUUCAAGAGAGCGUGACUGCUGUCCCCAGCACCAAG